AUGUUUAUUUGGGAUAAACAAGUAUUGCCUAUUGCCGAUCCAUUAUGUUCCAUACGUGCUUAUUUUUAUCAUUCAACGAUCGCUUGGAUACAUCAUUCCUUGAUUCUUCAAGCUAUUGAACGAUACUGUAAAAUUCGAAGACUUAAACUUCUUCAAACUCGUACCCGUCAACUAUGUUUUAUUCUUGUUCAAUGGUUAUUUGAUUUUAUGUUUGUUUUACCUGUCUUUUUGACAGGUAGUAUGAAAAAGUUAACAAUAGAUAAUUUCUGUUUUGUUUCAUUGAACACAAUUCCAUUAGUCUUUUAUUUAGCUGGAAUAUCAUUUCUUUUAUCAGAUAUAAUUUUAAGUGUCAUCUAUAAAUUAUUAUUACGUUAUGUACGCGAAGUUUCAUUACGAGUAAAUGGUAAUUAUCGUCUAAAGAUGCAACGAGAUUUGACAAUGGUACAUCGUAUUGUUUUAAUAAAUGUUCAACUGGUAAUUGUCGGUUUUCCUGUACUUAUUUUUAUUAUAUUAACAGCAAUUCGUACUGAUUUAUUACCUAAGAAUACUGCAAGAAUCUUGAUUAUGAUUAUGAAUUCCCCAUUAUCGAUAAUGCUCUUGAUUCUCUUUUGGAUCACACCAUCUUUACGACGAUGUCUUAUCGAUAAUUGGAAUCAAUUAAAACAACUUCUUGGAACAAACAAAAAUCGUGUUCAACCAUUAUUCAGUAAUCAUCGAUAUUAA